AUGGCGAACAAGCAAGGGAAGAUGCAAAAUCUGAUCAACUACCGUAUGCGCGUGACGAUGAACGACGGCCGACAGAUGACUGGACAGAUGCUUGCAUUCGACAAACACAUGAACCUCGUUCUCGCAGACACCGAAGAGUUCCGCAAGGUCAAACGCAAGCAAACUAAGCCAUCCGCCCCUGCAGCCUCUGGAUCGGCUGCGGCGGUGGAGACCGAGGAAAAACGCACCUUGGGUCUUGUUAUUCUCAGAGGAACAAACAUUGUCAGUUGUAGUGUCGAAGGCCCUCCACCGUCUGACCCUUCUGCGCGCCUCGGUACAUCGGCACCUGGAGGAGCUCCAAGUGCGUUGCAAGCAGGGACCGGAAUAGCCAGACCUGCUGGUCGAGGGCUACCGGUAGGCUUAGGGGGCCCAGCAGCUGGCGUGGGAAUGGGUGGUCCACCACCACCUGCGGGUCUUGGAUUUCCUCAAGGUGGUUUUCCAGGAGGAGCACCGCCUCCAGGGUUUGGCGGUCGAGGAAUUCCGCCCCCGGGUGGUAUUCCACCGCCGGGUUUCGGAGGACCGCCUCCAGGUUUCGGCGCACCACCUGGCGGACCUCCAGCGGGAUUCCAGCCACCUCCUGGCUUUCAAGGCCCACCGCCGGGCCAGGGCAGGGGCUUCCCUCCUCCAGGAUUUGGAGGCCGUUAG